AAAUGGCUGGUUUCAAGCAUUAUGAGGAGUGUUCUGAGUUCAAAACGGUGUUGGUACACUCUUGAUCUCUAUGAUUUUUUAAAAAAAACCUUUGUUCAUUCACAUUCAUGUAGCCUUUUUUCUCUUUCUUGCAGUGUGGAAGGAGACCCUCCAGGAAGCGAGGCAGGAACUAUAGUGGAUAGUGUGGGCAGUCAGCCAUACCGAUGUAUCCCUGAGGUGACCAAGGUUGAGCACUAUGAUUUAGUGCCAUCUUCCUCUUCUGUCUGUCACGCUCCGUCACCAGGUCUUCCGUGGGCCCAGCGAGCUCGGCUACAGCCAGCCAGCGUGGCGCUGAGGAAGCAGGAAGAGGAGGAUAGUAAACGAUCAGCACUAUCAGACAGCUAUGAGCUCUCAACGGAUCUUCAGGACAAAAAGGUGGAGAUGCUGGAGCGGAAGUAUGGGGGCUAUUUCUUGAGCCGGCGGGCAGCUCGUACAAUUCAAACAGCCUUUCGCCAGUACCGCAUGAACAAAAAGUUUGAGCGUCUAAGAAGUUCGGCAUCAGAGAGCCGUAUGUCACGGCGCAUCAUCCUGUCCAACAUGCGGAUGCAAUAUUCGUUUGAGGAAUAUGACAAGGCCCAGAAUGCCCCUUACUUUGAAGGCAAACCUGCCUCUCUGGAUGAGGGCUCCAUGGCUACUGCUCGACCUCACCUGCUGGAUCAUGGCCUUCCCUACGGUGGCUCCUGCCGGGCUGGCUUGGACGGUGUCUCCCUGCAUUCCUCUUCUGGAGGCUUCUGCAAUGACAUCACGGAGCUGGAGGAUUCCUUCUCCAAGCAGGUGAAGUCCUUGGCAGAAUCGAUUGAUGAAGCUUUAAACUGCCACCCACUUGGCCAGGAGGGAGGACCUGGUGGCCCCACUUUGGAAAAAAGUGAAUCCAAGGAGCAGCAGGGUGACAGUGCUGCCACUUCAUUCAGUGAUGUCACACUCUAUCUGGACGAAGGCGCUCUCACGUCACCCCUCUCUCUGGAGCGCCCCCCCAGCACUGAGCCCCCAGAGCCUGCUCCGGGAGUGCCCCUCCCACCACCCCCCCGGCCGGAGUACUGGGGGGUGCCCCAGCGGGAGGACAACCGGGAGAAUGGGGGUGGGAGCCGGCGCAGCACACCUUGCAUGGAAUGCCGGGACUACCGCCUUCGGGGCGCUCACCUGCCCUUGCUCACAAUUGAGCCUCCCAGUGACAGCUCAGUGGAUCUGAGCGACCGUUCUGAUCGGGGUUCACUCAGUCGGGGGCUCAUGUAUGAGCAAGAUGGCUGCAGCCCCCAUGGCACCCUCAAACAUCCUGGCGGGCCUGCCCGCUCCCCACACCCACACCGCCAUUAUCAUCCCGAGCAAAGCCAGCCUCCUCCACCUUUGCCCAUCCCACCUCCUCAGGCCCCAGGCCGCCUGCCUCCGCCUCCUCCGCCGGACAACUCAGAUGGCGACAACGACAGCCUCAACAGCACCACCAACUCCAACGAGACCAUCAACUGCAGCUCAGGAUCCUCCUCACGGGACAGCCUGCGUGACCCGCCACCACCUGCCCCAGCCACCACAACAACUGUCGGGCCCUGCAAGCAGACCUACCAGCGUGAGACGCGGCAUAGCUGGGACUCUCCUGCCUUCAACAAUGACGUGGUGCAGCGCCGCCAGUACCGAAUCGGCCUCAACCUUUUCAACAAGAAACCAGAAAAGGGGAUCCAGUAUUUAAUUGAGAGAGGCUUCUUGUCGGAUACGCCGGUGGGCGUGGCCCGAUUUAUCCUGGAGCGGAAGGGGCUGAGCCGGCAGAUGAUUGGAGAAUUUCUUGGCAACCGGCAGAAGCAGUUCAACCGAGAUGUACUUGACUGUGUUGUAGAUGAGAUGGACUUCUCCAGCAUGGACCUGGAUGAUGCCCUGAGAAAGUUCCAGUCACACAUUCGGGUGCAAGGUGAGGCCCAGAAGGUGGAGCGUCUCAUUGAGGCCUUCAGCCAGCGCUACUGUGUAUGCAAUGCCCCAUUGGUGCGCCAGUUUCGGAACCCUGACACCAUCUUCAUCUUAGCUUUUGCCAUCAUCCUUCUCAACACUGACAUGUAUAGCCCCAGUGUCAAAGCAGAGAGGAAGAUGAAGCUGGAUGACUUCAUCAAAAACCUGCGGGGGGUUGAUAAUGGGGAGGAUAUUCCCCGUGACCUCUUGGUAGGGAUUUACCAGCGGAUACAGAGCCGAGAACUGCGCACCAAUGAUGAUCACGUUUCUCAGGUCCAGGCAGUUGAGCGCAUGAUUGUGGGCAAAAAGCCGGUUCUCUCUCUGCCCCAUAGGCGCCUGGUGUGCUGUUGCCAGCUGUAUGAGGUCCCCGAUCCCAACCGGCCCCAGAGGCUUGGCCUGCACCAAAGGGAAGUCUUCCUCUUCAAUGACCUCUUAGUGGUGACAAAGAUUUUCCAAAAGAAGAAGAUCCUUGUGACCUACAGUUUCCGCCAGAGCUUCCCACUUGUUGAGAUGCAGCUACAGCUCUUUCAGAAUUCCUAUUACCAGUACGGGAUUAAACUACUCUCAGCUGUCCCCGGUGGGGAACGAAAAGUCCUGAUCAUCUUCAAUGCCCCCAGUCUGCAGGAUCGAUUGCGCUUCACAAGUGACCUGCGGGAGUCCAUUGCUGAAGUGCAAGAGAUGGAGAAAUACCGUGUGGAAUCGGAACUUGAAAAACAGAAAGGAGUAAUGCGCCCCAACGCCUCUCCUUCUUCUGGGCCUAAGGACACCAUGAAUGGCACCCUGACCCGGAGCAGUCUAGAGGAUGCCUAUACUAUGGGAGAGGGCCUGAAGAGAAGUGCCCUCAAUAGCUCCCUGCGUGACCUCUCUGAUGCUGGCAAGCGGGGCCGCCGUAACAGCGUGGGAUCCUUGGACAGCACAAUUGAAGGGUCUAUCAUUAGCAGCCCACAUCCCCAUCAGAGGGUGCCGCCACCACCUCCUCCAGAGGAAUACAAGCCCCAGCCUCGGCCCCCCUCGAACUCGUCCUCCUUCCUGGGCUCCCUGUUUGGCAGCAAGCGUGGGAAGGGCCCUUUCCAGAUUCCCCCUGGCCAGGUCUCGGCAUCCUCCUCUUCAGCGUCUUCGUCCCACCAUCAUCUGCCCCAGCACCACCCACAUCACAGCCACCCCUCUCUCCCUGAUGUCGGCCAGUCUAAGCUGCAGGCGCUUCAUGCCCAGUACUGCCAUAGCCCCUCUGCCCAGCCCCCACCCCCCUAUCCCCAGCAGCCCCCGCCCCCCCAGCAGCCAGCUCCCCCACCCCCACCUUUGGCCCUGCCCUCCAACCCUCUGCCACCUCAGGUCCAGCGGUACCACCAUUCCCAGCAGCCUCCUCUCUCGGCUCCCCCUCAGAAGCAGGCAGUGCCCGCUUUCCCGACACCACAACCCCACCACCACUACACUCUUGGUCGGCCUGGGCAGCAGAAGCGCCACCAGAUGCCUGCUGCCGCUUCCCAGCACCCUCCCUUCCCUCAUGGGCGCCAGCCCAUCUCGCCGUUGCCCCUCUACAGCCCUGCCCCUCAGCAUGCCCUGGCCCACACCUACCCCCAGCAACUGCAUCAGUCAGGGGUCACUGGGCAGCACACCCUGCACAGGCAGCAGGCCCCAAAGCACUUUAUUUUCAGCCAUCAUCCCGCACAGCUCCUACAGCGACCUCCUCUGCCCUCUGGCAUGGGACCAUAUCCUGGGCAUCAUGGCCAUCCGCCACACCACAGCCAACCCCCAAUGCCCCCACCUCAUUCUCCCAUUCCCCCGCACCCUUCUUAUCCACCUCUUCCCCCUCCAUCGCCCCAUACGCCUCUCAGCCCCCACUCUCCAGCCGCUCCUACGUCCCCUCUGGCCCAGCACAUGCCCAUGCACCAGGGGGGUCCUCCAGCCAUGCCUGCUCAAGGGCCCCCAAAUCCCAAGCCUAAGCCGGUCAACAGAAUCAGCACCGUUGUGUGAGCAGCUGCCACCACAAUGGAACUGAUAGCAGAUCUAUAAAUAUAUAAAUAACAGAGCUUGGGGCCUCCCCUGUUCCAGCCGAAGUGAUGGGGAAGGAUGGAGGUCAGGAGGGUGUCUAGAUUUUAUGGCCAUUCCCUUUCCUCCUCCCCACUCCACAUCCCAUCCCUCUUUUUCCUAGGAUCAGAACUGAGAGAGGGCAUCCCUUGGAAAGGAAGAAAGCCUGGACCUGCAACGCCGCACGUGGCCUGAGGGGGGUACAGCUUCAUAUGGGCUUUGCUUUUGGGAGCUCUGCCUCUUUUCCUUGCGGGUCAUCUGUCCUCACUCCUACCAUCUUUUUCUGAGCAUCUGCGGACAGCAGGGUAGUUUUGUGGUGACCGUGGAUGGCAAAAGCAUAAGCUGCAGUGUCGUGGAAAGCAAGUUUCUGUUUGUGUUGUCUUAGGAGUAUGGCCAAACAGGUAAAAUUUUUCAUCCCAACUUUUAGUAACAUUUGUGUGUUUGGGAGCAGCAAAUUCUUUUCUGAUAGCAUCACUUCAUGAUGGGGUGAUGGGAAGGAAGGAAGGAAGGAAGGAAGGAAGGAAGGAAGGAAGGAAGGAAGGAAGGAAGGAAGGAAGGAAGGAAUCAGUCAUAUGGUUUUGCUACAUGCUCCCAUUGUCAGAAGUGGGCAGAGGUAAUCAUAGUACCUGCUGUAUGUGGGAUACCAGCUAGUCUCCCAGGCAAUCUUGCCCAGUGUGUUGGUUUCUAAUGUGCAGAGGAAGUUGUAUAAAGGACUUUCAUAUUUUAAGCUGCUCAGAUCCUCUCUCCAGAAAGCACUAAUCCAAACAAGACUUUUCAGAAGUCUUUUUUCUUCUUUCUCUUUUUUGUUGAUAAGAGGGAAAGCUUUGUCUUUUAAAAAUUUUAAUAGGUAGCAGAUAGUCCCUAUGGCUGCCUUCUAUGUGUCACGUUUAAACUGCAAAUGGCAUUUAUGAAUCCUGCUUUCUAAUGUAAUUUUUACUCAGAAGAAUGACUGAAGAAGAAUCUCUCAUUUUUUACCCCAAAACAUGUUUUUAAUCUGAUUAACCCAGAUUUUAAUAGGUCUUGUGGACCAUGAACUUACUUUUCCUCAUUGCAAACAGCCCUAGUGCAUGCAGAAAAUGGAACAGAGUUCUAAAGACAAUAGGUGAAGCUUUGGGGCUACAUACACUAUUUUGUUCACUGUCAAAUUCUGCAAAGUGGCACAGAAAAUGUGCGUGCAGAAGACGUACAGCAGGAACCAGGAGUUUAGCCCUUCUCAAGCCUGCCAUUUUCACCUUGCAAGUCCUCAUAAGCCUCCAUUUUUCCCAAUGAUCUGUCCUUAUUUGGGGAAAAGCAGCCCCUUUUGGAAUAAGCAAGCAAGGAAAAGAUCAUAUUGCCCAUUCUCACCUAUAAUGUUUUUAUUGCCAUGACUUGACAGCAGUUGGAGUCAGUUUUAUUUAAUACCCACUUUCAAACCCCUGGCUGUGACAUGGAACUGCUGCGGUGUUAAGCAACUGUUUUUGCUGAGUAACUUCUGACUUUGAUAUUAGUGCUGAUGGGAGUAGGCCUUCCUGUCCCUAACAAGGGGGGGGUUCAUUACCACAGGGAAAAAAACUCAAGCAGGUGCUUUAUUAUAUCUGAAAAGGCAAUAUCUACACCUACCUACACAAUGCCCCUUGCGCAGGUUGCUCCUCAAAGAUGCUUCUGGGUUUUGGUGUCCUAGAUACCUUCAAUCGGUCUUCCCUCUCUUGCCCUUCUAGUGUCACCAAUUACUAGACAAAUACUUUGUAUUUUGGAAAAUAGGCUCUUCCUCUUCAAAGCUGUCUUACCUGUUGACUUGCUCCAUAGAGAGAAAGAAACAUCUGUCAGUCACCUGCAGCGUGUGGAGAUGAUGAGUCCUUGGGGCCCCCUACUCUUUUGGGGAGGCGAUGAAGAGAGGCUGUCUUGGUAAUUUGCACAGUUUGUGAGUUUCUGCUGUUUCAAGUAGAGAAAGGAAAGAGACUCGGAUGGGAGAUGUGAAGGAUCUGUGGGGAAGAGACGAGUCCAAAGUAUGGAGAAGUCUGGGACAUGGGAAGGGAAUGUGUCCUGCCCUCUCGGUUCUUAUUCAUAAAGGGCUAUUUUUACUCCCUUCUUCUCCCCACCCCUGCUCUGGGGUUUGCACUGAAUCUGUUUUUAAAGAUACAGACUUCUAUAUUCUUGGGCUUUCUAAACCCACCCCCGAUUGAAUUGGAGAGUGGAGAGUAAACUGUUGUGAUCUCUUCUCUCCUAAAUUGAUUUUUCAUCCAGUCAGUGCAUUAAUGCCUGGUAAUGAGGAGGCAGAGUAGGAUUCUCUCCCAAUUAGUUCCUUUGGGAAGUUAGAUGCACUUUAAUCCCUGUGCGCUGUGUUUCCAGAAAAAGAUGGCAUCCGGUUUCUGCUGUCCCAAAUCAAGCUUAUGGGGCACAUCCAGACCUCACCUUCUUCCUUCCCUCGAGGUGCUACGUUGUUCUGCCACUCACCUACCUUGCCUAGUAAUGUUAGAGGUGAGCUUCUUCUAGGUUCUUCUGGUUUUAGCUUUGGACAAAGAGAGAAAAGGCUGGAUUAACGAUAUCAAGUCAUCAUUUCAGAAAGUUAAAGAAAUGAUGCCUGAAUUAACAGUGCCUGUUUUUAUAUUUUUAAGGAUAUGCUAUGGAUUUUGGAUGGAAGAAAUUAUUUUAUUGCUUAAUAAAAAUGCAAAGAGGUGCUCCCCAGAUUUCUAAUAAUAGAAGCACACUAUUUUCCCCCCCCUAGCUUAGGAAAGUAGAGCAGUGACCCAUGCUAAAAUUCAGACUAGCCACCUCUGAAGGUUAGCUCUACUGGCUGCAGAAAUUUAGGCUAGCCUCAGAGGUUGCCCAAGCUAAAAAUAUUUCAUCCAGCUGGCCGCACCCGCUGCCCUCUUGAUUCUCUGAAUUACAACUGCCAUCUUCCCCAGUCAGAAGUAGGAAGAUUAUUGCUCAGUCAGUGAUAACAGAGAACAUCAGGGAGGAGAAGCUGGGCUUAAUGGCUUGCUCUGGCCUGUAUAGGCUCUGCUCAGCUGCCCCGUUAAACUUCCAGAAAUGACUGCUCUAAGGGGAGCCAGCUGAGUGAGGUGAGAUUUCUCUCACUCUUUUGAGGAAGGGGGAAGACUAGGAGAGGAGCAAAUGGUAGGAGGCUUAGGGUUUCUUGAUUCCUACAGAUUGGAAGCACUAGGCUUCAUUGCCCUCUGCCGACCAAUUAUGCUCCACAGCCUUGAGAGGGAAGCCAGGAAUCUUAUCAGGUGGCAGCUCAGGCCUCUGUGUGCCACCCUGCAAAGUCCUGGGUUCCUCUUCUCCCCCACAUAAUAACCCGUGUCAGGUCUUCCCACCCUGUGCCCCACCCCCGAGCAUGCACUUUGUCCCUGCCCUGCACUGCACUUCCUGUGUUGGGUUUGUUGCUGUACAGAUUUCCAUGUAUAUAAUAUAUAUUAUAAAUACCAGCCUUUACGAGGGGGGUGGUGUCUCCAGCCCAUGUAUUUUCUAUAGCAUGGGGCUUUCCCUCUGCCCCUUCUCUCAGAUUGACUGUAUUUUUGUUUCCUUUCCUUCUCACCCCCCCACCCAAUCAGUUCCACUUUGUAUAUAUGAAAAUGUAUAUUUGAUGCUUCAUAAAUUGAUCAAAUGUCCUUGCUGUGUGAAAAA